CACCAUCAACACACGAGGCCGAAGAGUUCCAACAUGUCUCGCCCCAGUGUGGCGCCGCAGCGCAACCUGUCGCUUACUGAGGAAUUGGAGAAGCUGGAGCAGUCCAUCACGCUGACGCUGCAAGAAAUCGACCACAACUUCAGCCGGGCGCACCGCAUUGUCACGACGAGCGUUCUUCCCAUUGUCGAGCAGUAUGGGAAGCACUCUGAAGCGGUCUGGGAGGGCUCCAAGUUCUGGAAACAAUUCUUCGAAGCCAGCGCAAACGUCUCCCUCUCCGGCUACGAAGCGCCAGACACCGAUGAUACAACGGCGAAUGAGGACACGCAGCAAUCUCAGGCGUACGACGACGAGACGGUAGAGGGAGACACCGUGACGAGCGCAACCGCAACCCCUCCGCGACCGUCGUCUUCCCAGGCCGAUCUGGAAGGCACGUCGACGCUCGACUCGCCCUCCCUCGCGCACGCACACAGCACGCCACGAGCUCCGAACACGGGAGGGAAGGAGCCCCUAUUCGCCGAGUUUUCGUCGCCGUACGAGAAUCUAAGGCGAGAAUUGGAGGGCUCUCGGACGCCCAAGCUGAACCCUACCACGCCCGGAAAGACGCAGGCUCUACCAGACAUGACCGGCUCGUUUGACUCGUCGCCUUUCGUGCCCCCGACGUCCGGCAAGAGGGCGCCAAUCAACCAGGACCCCCUCCUGCACCGUGUCCUGGACAAGACCUACCGCGUGCAGGCAACACCACUGAUUAGCCCUAGAAAGUACAAGCCAACCGGUGUGUUUACGCCGGCAACCGCGCGGCGGGGCGCUCCUAUCCCAAAGGGCGCAUCUGCCCUGCCCAAAUGGGAUGAGGAUUCGUCUCCGCCUUCCUCGCCGGCGCCCCAGCUUCGCGCCGAUUUAUUCUCACCAUUGAAGACUCCAAGGACCCCUGGCGUGAGCGUACAAACUCCUGGGAAAGGGAAGCAGCCCUUUAGUGUUACGAAGACUGGGGCAAUAUUCGAUAGCGACAGCGAGGACGAGGGAGAUGAGCUGGGGUUCAGCCCGCCGAAGACCAUUCAGUUCCAUGUUCCAGCAAGCAAGCUACUUCAGACACCCGCUCGCGAAGCUAGUAAGCGGAUCGUCGAGGAUCUGCUCAUGACGGCGGGAGGAGAUAUAACGGAAACCACCGGAGGCCUAGAAGAGGACAGCCCGAGUGUGGUCAGGCGCCAGGCGGACUUGGAUGAUAGCGAGCUAUUUGAAUAGGGGACUGCAAAACUGAAUGGCUAGAUAUCACAAACUGAGAUACCC